GGGUUUUAUUACUUUGUUACUGUGGUAAAUAGUGACGACGACUUUCUGGCCAUAAUUUAAUUUCCGCUUCCGAAUUAAUUGACCAAAUAUGCACGACCUCACAUGUGCUUCAACCAAUAACAGAUCAGCAUGUGUUAUAUUUUACUUCCGUGAUCAGGGACUUGUCAAGCUCUGAUUGGUUUAUAUAAGCACUAAUGUUUGAAAGUGCCUUGUCCUUGAGUUUUACAUCCUCUCGCUCUCGAUUAUGUCCAUAGAGACAGAACAAUGGGAUUAAUUUACACUAUCCGCGUCUUAAUCAAAUCCAUUUUGGUCGUUAUUUUGUGGUCCAAAUGCGAGGGUCGGGAGUCAGAGUUUAACUACGUCACCUGCGGUUCGCUUGUGAAAUUGCUGAACACGAGACACAACGUUCGGCUGCACUCUCAUGAUGUAAAAUACGGCUCAGGCAGUGGGCAGCAGUCUGUGACAGGCGUGGAGAGUGCAGAUGACGCCAACAGUUACUGGAGGAUUCGGGGGAAGCCCGACGGGACCUGCCAACGAGGCGUGCCCAUCCAGUGUGGUCAGGCCGUCCGCAUCACGCACAUGACCACGGGACGCAACCUCCACACACACCACUUUAGCUCGCCGCUGUCCAACAACCAGGAGGUGAGUGCGUUCGGUGAGAACGGCGAGGGGGAUGACCUGGACGUGUGGAAGGUGCAGUGUGACGGCUCCAUCUGGGAGCGGGACGAGGCAGUGCGCUUCAAGCACGUCGGCACCGACGCCUUCCUGAGUGUGACGGGCGAGCAGUACGGCAACCCCAUCCAGGGGCAGAGGGAGGUGCACGGCAUGGGCACUGCCAACCAGAACAACUACUGGAAGGCUAUGGAGGGUGUCUUCAUUCUCCCCAGCCAAGAACCGCUGAGACACAAUCACGAAGAGCUCUGAUGACAUCAUCAAGCUAACGAGACGCCGUCGCGAAGAGCUCUGAUGACAUCAUCGAGAUAACGAGACGCCGUCGCGAAGAGCUCUGAUGACAUCAUCGAGCUAACGAGACGCCGUCACGAAGAGCUCUGAUGACAUCGUCAAGCUAACGAGACGCCGUCGCGAAGAGCUCUGAUGACAUCGUCAAGCUAACGAGACGCCGUCGCGAAGAGCUCUGAUGACAUCAUCGAGCUAACGAGACGCCGUCGCGAAGAGCUCUGAUGACAUCGUCGAGCUAACGAGACGCCGUCACGAAGAGCUCUGGUGGCAUCGUCAAGCUGCUGCGUCACGAUGAGCUCUGACGUCAUGACGUCAGAAUGAGUUCCGAUGAUCUCAUCGGACAUCGUCACAUAAUAUUGCGCCUGGUCUGAAACUGAACCCUAUUCCCUAAUUCUAUAAUAUAUACCCACAUGACUCUGUACAACAAAAACAUAGAGUAUAGGGAGCCAUGUCAGACGCAUGACGACACUGAUGACGACGACACUGAUGACGACGACACUGAUGAUGACGACACUGACGACGACACUGAUGACACUGAUGACGACGACACUGAUGACGACGACACUGAUGACGACGACACUGAUGACACUGAUGACGACGACACUGAUGACACUGAUGACGACGACACUGAUGACGACGACACUGAUGACGACGACACUGAUGACGACGACACUGAUGACGACGACACUGAUGACGACGACACUGAUGACGACGACACUGAUGACGACGACACUGAUGACGACGACACUGAUGACGACGACACUGACGCAGCUCACUGGGUCAAGAUGGCGCCUAAUGACUUUGUUAUGACAUUCUUUCGUAUACCCGUUAGCCAACCGGGAACAACUUUUGAUGACUAUUGACUACUGAAUAUAGGCUUACGUUAGGAGCGUCCGGCUCUGUGCAGUCGUGGUGACGGGAUCAGAAGGGAGAUGAGAAGGUUGUCUGACGAUGAGAAUCGGUUGACGGUUUUUUGAAUUUGACACAUCUCUGAACAAAAUGGGACUCAAGAAUUUGGCUUUGGUUAGUUUGAGGGAGAAUGUGGUAAGGCAGUUGCUCUGCUUGAGUCUGAUAUCAGAGGUAUUAGCACCUGCCUGCAGGGGGGAAAUCUAAGGGAAACACUGCCAUUUCCAGGUGAAUCUACUGUGCCUGUCUACUCCUUAGCGACCGACAUCCUAAUGGUAAUAAAAACAAACAUUGUCUGGAUUUUUCACUUCCAAGGUCAACACCUCUAGCCGCUGUGCUCACCUUUCACCUGUAGCCGCUGCGCUCACCCUUCACCUGUAGCUGCUGCGCUCACCCUUCACCUGUAGCUGCUGCGCUCACCCUUCACCUGUAGCUGCUGCGCUCACCCUUCACCUGUAGCUGCUGUGCUCACCCUUCACCUGUAGCUGCUGUGCUCACCCUUCACCUGUAGCUGCUGUGCUCACCCUUCACCUGUAGCUGCUGUGCUCACCCUUCACUUGUAGCUGCUGCGCUCACCCUUUACCUGUAGCUGCUGCGCUCACCUUUUACCUGUAGCUGCAGUGCUCACCCUUUACCUGUAGCUGCUGCGCUCACCCUUUACCUGUAGCUGCUGCGCUCACCCUUUACCUGUAGCUGCUGCGCUCACCCUUUACCUGUAGCUGCUGUGCUCACCCUUCACCUGUAGCUGCUGCGCUCACCCUUUACCUGUAGCUGCUGCGCUCACCCUUUACCUGUAGCUGCUGCGCUCACCCUUUACCUGUAGCUGCUGCGCUCACCCUUUACCUGUAGCUGCUGCGCUCACCCUUUACCUGUAGCUGCUGCGCUCACCCUUUACCUGUAGCUGCUGCGCUCACCUUUUACCUGUAGCUGCUGUGCUCACCUUUUACCUGUAGCUGCUGUGCUCACCUUUUACCUAUAGCUGCUGUGCUCACCCUUUACCUGUAAUAAUGACAUCACAUUUAGACACCACCUACUGUAAGGCCUUUUCCCCCGGGACAUGACUCACAUGACUUGCUUUUGGGAGUGUUUUCUUAUUGUGUUUAGACUUAUUUUAUGUUUGUAUUUCAGGAAAGGAUAUUGUUUAUUUGUAUAAGGGAAGACGAGGUGAUUGAAGUUCUUUGGAACACAAUUUAAGGGCUUUUUUUUUUUUCUCUGCAGUUUUUAUUGUCGGUCAUCGGGGAGGAUAUUUUCUAGUCUAUAAUAAAGAGCCUCAACUCCAUAUGUUAUCAUGAAACACCUUCGUUUGGGCUUGUUGCUCUUUUAAUGAUGAAUCACAAUUAAUAAAGACAUUGUGUUUCUCUG